UGUGGUAUUUGCAGGACACUGAGGUGCCUGGGGCCAGAGUAGGGGCACCACCCACCGCCCCUGCCCUCAAGGGGUUGGCAGGAGAGGCUGGAGCGUUUCUGAGACCCCCAAGCGCCCCUGCAGGUUGAGGGGGCGGUUGCCGGCCCCCCGAGGGGUCCUCCUGGAGCGCAGAGGCGGCCGUGGGCUCAGCUGUGUCCCCCCGAAGUCCUGGCUCAUCCAAGAAAAGGGUCUUGGCAGAUGCAGUUACGGUAAAGACUUUGAGACGAGGUCAUUCUGAACGAGGCUCACAAAGGCGCCCGGCACUGCCCCCCCCCCUGGCCGGCAGCGGGGAGUGGGGGCCCCUCAAAUACAGCUGCUCGGGGGCCGGGAGUUCUCACCUCCACCUCUGACUUCUCAGCUUGGGGUGUGGUUGAGUGACCCCGGAGGAUCCCAGCCCAGGAAGCAGCUGGAGUCGAGGCUCCGUCUGCAAGUGGUGUGGCUGGCGGUAUAAAGGGCGCCGGGAGCCGGAACCUCCAGGACCGAGGCUGUGCACCUGCCCUGCCGGCCCCGCGCUGCCGCUGCCACCAUGCUCCUCCCUGGCCUCUUGCUUCUGUUCUGGAUGCACACCAACCUGGCCCACCACGGCCCCCACACCCACGGGGCCCCACACUGCUACUCGGCCGAGGAGCUGCCCCUGGGCCAGCCCCCGCCGCAUCUGCUGGCUCGAGCUGCCAAGUGGGAGCAGGCUCUGCCCGUAGCCCUGGUAUCCAGCCUGGAAGCGGUGGGCCGCAGAAGGCGGCACAACAGCCCCCCCGCUGGGAGCCAGUGCCCCGUGCUGCGGCCGGAGGACGUGUUGGAGGCCGACAUCCACCAGCGCUCCAUCUCCCCCUGGCGAUACCGUGUAGACACGGAUGAGAGCCGCUACCCACAGAAGCUGGCGGUCGCCCAGUGCCUGUGCAGGGGCUGCGUCAGCGCCCGGACGGGCCGCGAGACGGCGGCGCUCAACUCGGUGCCGCUGCUCCAGAGCCUGCUGGUGCUGCGCCGCAGGCCCUGCUCGCGGGAGGCCACGGGGCCGCCCACGCCCGGCGCCUUCUCCUUCCACGCCGAGUUCAUCCGCGUGCCUGUCGGCUGCACCUGCGUCCUGCCCAGGUCGGCACCGUGAGCCCCGCCCUCGGCGGCUUCGCCUGCGCCCCCACACCGGACAGUCGGGGGGCUCUCCAAGGAGGGCCCCCCCCUAUUUAUGUGUAUUUAUUGGUUAUUUAUUUGCCCCCCACGGGGUCCCCGGGCAGGCACGGAGGUUCCGGGCCUGGGGGCUGAGGAGUGACGGUGGAUGGUCCUGGGCUGUGGGAGGCUGGGGGGUUCAGG